UUGAAUUAUUACUUCAUCUUGUUUUCCAAUAUGGCGCCGUCUGUGCUAUGAGAUGACAACAUCGUAGUUUGUGUCGGAUUUGUCAUAAUCAAAAUUUGUUUUAGUCGAUAUUAAUUUAUCUACCUCAUAUGUUCAAAGAAAAUCGGUAAUUCUAACGAUAGUUACAUAAUCGUGCCACGCUUGUUAAGGAAUCAUCCAGUCGAUGCGUCCUUCUGUGAGAAAAGUACUUAGCUGCCGUAAAAAUGGCGGGUGUAUCUUUACUGAUUGUGUUUUCAUAUCAUUCGGAGAAAGUAAAAGAAUAGGCUAAAAGUGAUUGUAGUCUCGUAUUGAGUGUCAGUUAUAUUACGUAUAGUAGGACGGCAUGUUUUGUAUAUUGCUGUUUUGACAUUUGAAGAGGUGAUUGAUUCGGGAGAAACGGUGCAGGUGUCAUCGUUUUAAUGAAAUUAUCAGUAUGUCGCGCUGGGGCAGAGGCCGAGGCGGCAGUGUGGCCGUGCCGCUUGAUAGUGCCCUGUUUAGAGAAAAUAGUAAUUGCCCGACGGCCGCUCGCUCAGCGGGCACGGUCGGGAAGUGGGGAAUCACAAGCUUUACGUCGAUUAGAAGCGCUCCUUACGCCUUCACCAGUAAUGUUCUUAAAAAGCCAGUCCAAGAUCAGAACAGUCCGCUGACAGUGCCUGCGGUGGAAACAGAUCAACCCCCACCUAAACCUAAGAAAUUUUUCAAAUCGCGCAAUGCAGAGCCUUUCCCGCCUGUUCCUCAAAUUACAUAUGCACCACCAGUACCUGCAGCUCCAUUAUCCCCGGAGCACCCUUCGAAUAGCAAAGAAAAGAAAGCUACCAAAAGAAGUAGAGUGUACAACAGAGACUCUUCAUCGCCAGAAUUGCCUCGACGGAACUCUGAAAAGGCUAAAGCUAGAAAAAGUUCUGUGGCUACAAAGGCUGCCAAGAAAGCAGAACCACAGCCUGAAAAUGCUCAACCUAGGAGUACACGGUACUUGGUUCGCAAUCGUGAUAAAGUAAUUAACUAUGCUGAAGAUGGCAGCAACAGUCCCAUUCCUGAGUUUUCACGAUAUGAAUCAUUAGCUCCAAGACUAUCAUCACCAAAAACAAGCCCGUUAGUCUCAAGCCCUGUGCCCCCUAAAGUUGAAGUGGCCAGUCCCUCAACUAAUAAAGAAGUGGUGAGCCCCUCUACGAGCAAAGAUGGUAAUGAAGAAAGAAAACCACCUCCUAUUGUACUAAGAAUAUCAAAGGGUACAUCGAGGAUAGUCAGUACUGAUUCUAAUGAAGGUUUCACAUCACCUGGUUCUGACAGGCAUUCAUCUAUGGACAUGCAUUCAGAUCUUGGUUUAGAUCACAAAAAAAGCCCAUCAAUGGAAACAAUAUGUUCACCAAAACAUGAGGGUCUUAAAAUCACUAUCAAAUGUAGUGGUCUCAGCCAAGAAAGCAAAAAAGAAAAGAAAAAGGAUAAAAAAGAACACAAGUCUCAUAAGAAACAUCACAAAGCCAGUAUAGACGAAGAUGCCAAAAAAGCUACAUCGCCAUUGCCUGGUUCAGACACAUAUGAUCUUUACAAGACCCUUGCCUCUCCAGGUCAUGACAGUGACAAGGACAGAAAUAAAGCUCCAAGUGGGGAAGAUGAUAUUGAGUCUCAACUAGCAAAGCUCGAUUCCACUGGGUUGUCACAUAAAUCUCCCAGGAUAGAUGUGCUACCAACAGAGCCACCACCAGAUCCUAAGCCCCCAGAGGGUGGUAGGGCCCGUCGAGCUAGACAAGUCAUUAACUACAAUGAGAAUGAUGAUUACUUGGAUAAAUUGACUUCUGGCCAUUCAAGCAAGCAAACCGUUAAAACAGUCAGUGACCUUAAAAAAGAAAGUAGAAGAGGGAGAAAGAAACAUGAAGCUGCUGUGCUAGAGGCCGCUGCAGCAGAGAAUGAAAGCAAAGCAGAAUCUCAUGUAGAGAAGAAUGAUUUGAUUGAUAUAUUGUCAGGUUCAAAUGUAGAUGAGGGGAAAACAGAAGUCAAGCACAAGAAGCAAAAGGCUAAAGCAUUACAAAACAAGCACUCAAGCCCUGAUUAUGGAGCUGACCUGUCCCAGGAGCCCACGCAUGAACAAGAAGAUAACCAGCAUGAGCCUUUAGAAGAUGAACAAAUGGAAACUGCACCUGAAUCUAAUAUAAAUGAUGCAGGAAGUCACUCACAACCUCCCACUCAAGCUACGGAUUCUGAUUAUAAUAGUUGUCCAACUGAAUUCUCAGAGGAUGAUUCUCAAAAGAAUCAACAGGAGGAUGUAUUUAAAUCACCACAUGGCAUUGAUGAUGACCAUGUUGAAGACAAACCUAGUGUGAAAUUAGUUAUAACCAAAAAGAAGGGUUCUAUAUUCAAGAGCAAAUCACUUGUUAAUGAUAAUCCAUCCCCACUACCAGCAAGGAAAAGACGCCAUUUAUAUAAACAUGAAUGGGCCAAUGAUAAGGGAAAUGAAACUCCCCGGCCUGAGCAGCCCGAGAACAGUGAAGUAAGGAACCCAGCCAGCCAGGUGCCCGAAGAGCUCACAAAGGUCACAAGGUAUAGGGCACCCGAUCCCAUUAUGGAUGACCCAACAUCCAUUGAAGCUGUCAAGCCCUAUACCAGUGUUAGGUGUGCUAAAGAAGCUAAGGAGUAUUACACAGUAGUGAGAAAUGUGAAGAAGGCACAUCAAAUACAGGAGAUUGGAGAGUACCAAGAAUUUAAUGAUGAUGUGGAUUACCUUCUAGAUGCAUUACAGGACAACAACCCGAUAUCGACGCGCUGCCUGUCCGCCAUCACGCUCGCCAGCAAGUGCACGGCGCCCGCGUUCCGCAUGCACCUGCGCGCGCACGGCACCGUGCAGAAGUUCUUCAGCGCGCUGCACGACGCCACCAACGACCAGAGCUUGGGCCUGUGUACGGCGACGGUCAUGUUUGUGCUGUCCCAAGACCGACUCAACAUGGAUCUGGACCGGGAGUCUUUGGAGCUCAUGUUAAAUUUGCUCGAAUCUGAUGUAUCUCACAAAAAUGCGCUGGAUGACUGCGGGCUCACGUCUGCCCAACUGGCAAAGACGCAAGAGCGGGUGCGGGAGCUGUGCGCGGAAAUCAAGAGCCAAGGGAAAGCCAAACAUUUAGAUUUGGAUAACAUUACCGUGGGUCACUUAGCCAUGGAGACGCUACUAUCGCUGACUUCGAAGCGCGCCGGCGAGUGGUUCAAGGAGGAGUUGCGCGUGCUCGGCGGCGUGGACCACAUCGUGCGCACCAUCGAGGACUGCGCGGCGCGGCUGGAGGCGCCCGCCGCCAGCUGGGGCCCGGCCGACGUGGACGUGCUGAGGAAGGCCGACCGCUGUCUGCGCGUGCUGGAGAACGUGACGCAGCAGAACGAGGACAACCAGCUGUACCUGGUGGGCGAGUCACUAGGCGCAGCGCGCACGUUCUGCGCACUGUUCCGGCGCUGCGCGGGCGAGGCGCGCGCCGCGGCCGGCCGGCUGCAGCUCGCGCUGCUCGACGCCGCGCUGCCCGCCGUCAAAGUGCUCGUCAACCUGUCGCACUCCUUCUCCCCCAGCAACGUGUCUCCCGGCGCGCUCGUUAUAGGCGAGCAGUCGGGCGUCAUGGAGAUGUGCCUCAUCGUCCUCAACAACCAAGAAAACUUCAUACCAGAUAGCAAAAACUUCGAGUUCAGUGUUUGUGUGUUGCUGCUGCUCAUAAACCUGGUCCAGAAUAACGAGGAGAACGCGAACCGGUUACUCAACGUGCGCAUCCGCGUCGACACCGACGAGGACGUCAUCUCGCGCACCGUCUCCGCGCUGGACCUGAUCGUGGACCUCUUCUACAAGCGGGUUGACCUGGCCAGGAGAGCCGAAGAAAAUACAGAUGCUUUGCUAGAUGGCGAAAAGGAAUCUGAUGGUGAGACUGACAAGAAAAAACAACCAGAUGACAUCGACGAAACUGUUGCGAAACUGCUGGCGCGUGCGGGCACCCACAUGGAGCACACGAUGGUGGGCGCGUACACGGCGCUGCUGCUGGGGCACACGGCCGUGCUGAGCGCCGCGCACGCCGCCGCCGUGCGCCAGCGCGUGCCCAGCUACGCCGCGCUGCUGCCCACGCUCAAGAAGUACUACAACUUCCUGUCGCUGACCGCCAGUGGCGAGGCGAUGAUAGUGGCGCACGUGAAAGCGACGCACCUGAUCAUCAAGUUCAUGGAGCGGAGCGACGCGGAGGCGCCGGGCGCGGCGUACCCCGCGCACUACUACGGCUCCUCGCCGUCCGACGUGCCGCAGGACAUGUCGCUCAGCGGCCUCAACUACUGCCGGCCACAGCCCGACCGCAUGUCCUCGUGAACGUGCCCCGA